UACUCCUGCUAGCUAGUGGUAGUGGUUUGGCUGGCAGUAGUAAUUACCUUGCCAUUUAUCAGGAGAUCGAUCGUAGCUAAAGCUAAGGAGAUGAUGAGACGGCCGGCAAGAACCCUAAACGCCUCUGCCGCCGGUGGCCUCGUCGUCCUGCUAAUGCUGUCCACCACGUCCCCGUUCUUCGGCGUCGCUAGGACAGACCAUCGUCACCGGCGACACGGCCCACCGCGACCGCCGGUGUCGUCGCCGCCUCCAGCUCCGGCGACGCCCCCGUCGGCGGCCACCUUCAGCGUGCUGCAGUACGGCGCCGUCGGCGACGGCGACACGGACGACACGAAGGCAUUCGUCGAUGCGUGGUCGGCGGCGUGCGCCGUGGGGUCGUCGACGGUGGUGGUGCCGGGGGGCUACCGGUUCGUCGUCGGCCCGGUCACGUUCACCGGCGACUCUUGCCAACCAAACACCGUCUUUCAGGUGGAUGGCACGAUCAUGGCUAACACGGACUCAGCCACGUGGUGCUCCGGGAACCCGGUGCAGCAGUGGCUGGAGUUCAGGGGCUUCACCGGGCUCACCAUCCAGGGCUCCGGCACCAUCGACGGCCAAGGCAGCCACUGGUGGAGCGGCGCCGCACCGGCCACGGACAUCGACGCCGAUCGUGUCGGGACAAACAACAGGCCAACAGCUGUGAGGGUGUACCAGAGCAGGAACGUGGCGGUGACAGGGAUAACGAUACAGAACAGCGCCAGGUUCCACCUCACCUUCGACAGCUGCCGCGCCGUCGAGGUGCGCGGCGUCGCCGUCCGGUCGCCGGGGGACAGCCCCAACACCGACGGCAUCCACCUCGCCGGCUCCGUCGGCGUCACCAUCCACAACGCCACCGUCGCGUGCGGCGACGACUGCGUCUCCAUCCAGGGCGGCUGCUCGCGGGUGCUCGUCCGGGGCGUCACCUGCGGGCCGGGCCACGGCAUCAGCAUCGGCGGGCUCGGCAAGGGCGGCGCCGAGGCCGUCGUCUCCGACGUGUCGGUGCAGGACGUGUCGCUGGUGCAGACGUCGUCGGGGGUGCGGAUCAAGACGUGGCAGGGCGGGUCCGGGUCGGUGCGCGGCGUGCGGUUCUCCGGCGUGCGCGUGUCGGCGGUGCGGACGCCGAUCGUGAUCGACCAGUACUACUGCGACCACGCGGCGUGCGCCAACCAGACGGCGGCGGUGGCGGUGUCCGGCGUGGCGUUCAGCGGCGUGGCGGGGACGUACACGCAGCGGCCUGUGUACCUGGCCUGCAGCGACGCCUCGCCGUGCGCCGGCCUGCGCCUCGAGGACAUCCAGCUCGCGCCGGUGAAGAAGGACGGCUACGGCCACCUCUACGGGCCAUUCUGCUGGAAGGCAUACGGCGAGGAGGUGAGCCCCGUCGUGCCGCCGGUGGACUGCCUCAUGGCCGGACCACCGUGACACUGACACUGACACCGGCCGGCCAUGAUCGCCGUGAUAUUGCCGGCCCAGCCCCGUUUUUAGCCACAUCUAGCCUACAGGAAUUGUAUUAUAGAUAUUGUAUGUAAAUGGAAAUUGCAGAAAAAAGAAACUAGGCCACGUCAUUACAUCGAGUACGGGAUAUGUAGACAGAAGUAUGUAUUCUUGCAGCAAGACACGGAGCAAUAGUAUAUACAGAAAAAAAAUACUCCAUUUACUGAAAGUAACAAAUUAAUAUUUCGCAGCAUGGAGUGGAAUGUGAAGCCGAGCCAGUCGUUGUUUGUUGUAACACAGUCAGGAUUUUGUGUAGUCCAUUGCUAUACCACAUUUACCCAUAUCCAUUUGUAAAAGAUUACGCAUAGCCAAAUUAAAUGGAUGUUGGGUAACUCAAUUAGUAAGAUAAAGACAUACGCGG